CGAUAAUCAACAUAAACCUGGUGUGAUAUGGUUCGUAACUUCUAGUUUCUUUUGAACUAAGCAUUCUUCCUUAAAAAUGCUUAGAAAACUAGCUUCUGGUAUUCUGCAAAGGCAUACGGCCGCUCAAUGCGCCGUGCCGGUCGCCCGAAUGUCCCAGUAUGGGCCUCAUUUCAUCCAGCCCAUCAUAGACAAGCAGAAAAUCGAUGCUCUACAGGAAUCGGGUGACUUAUCAAAAAUAUCACACGUCCCAAUCAAAGCCGCGCUGAACAACCAGACCAGCUCCGUGUUCUACGACCCACUGGUCAGCCAGUUCACAAAUUAUGUAAUGAAGCAGGGCAACAAAGCGUUAGCCCGCGAGCUGGUCGAGAAGGGUUUUGAAAACAUCAAACGUCUUCAGCUGGAGCGCUACCAUUUGGCCGAAACGGAAGAGGAGAAGGCAAAAAUCGAGCUAAACCCAAGGAAACUACUCCACCAGGCCGUAGAAAACUGUCGUCCACUGCUGCAACUGACUCCGAUUAAGCGUGGCGGUGUGCGGUAUCAGGUGCCAGUGCCGAUCACUGAAAAACGGUCGUACUUUGUCGCGAUGAAGUGGCUGCUCGAGGCGGUCCGUGAAAAGGAGAGGACUGUGCACUUCCCGGAGAAGAUGGCAUGGGAAAUUCUGGACGCAGCGGCUAACCAGGGAAAGGUUGUAAAGCGUAAGCACGAACUGCACAGACAAUGCGAAGCUAACCGUGCCUAUGCUCACUAUCGGUGGAGCUAAGUUCGGCUAUGCUGGUGUAUUUUUCGGAGAGUUAAUAAAGUGUAAACUAACAUAAAACAUAUAAA